CGCGGCGUUACCGGGAGAACGCGGGGGGGGGCGGGGGGGGCCGUUACCGGGGCGACCGGCGGCCGCCGAGCGGAGCGCGAUGCCCCGCAGCCGGUACCGGUGUCGGGCCCGGAGCACGGAGGUGGAUGAGACGCUGUUCGGGGAGAGCCGGAACCUGCGGCAGUCGCACCCCGGCACCCCCAUCGUCAUCCUCCGGGAUGUGCAGAGCGCCCCGAAAACGGUGCCAGCUGGCGAGCACAAACCCGAGACCAUCCGCCUCAUCACCAAGGACUUCGUCCGCGACCUUGUCGUCCCCGUGGAGAACCCGGCAGCAUCCCUCAUCAUCAGCCAGGAGGAUUUCCAGCGGAUCAAAGAAGCGUCCCGAGUCCUGAGCAAGGAGGAGCGCGAGGCCAAGCUGCUGGCCCUCAAGGCGGAGAAGGAAGCCGUUCUCGAGGCGGUGAGCGAGCGCAAGGCAGCGGCGAAGCAGCGAGCCGCGCUGCAGCAGCAGAAGGGCAAACUGAGCGACCUGGAGGAGGAGGCGAAGGAGCGGGCCCAGCACCUGCUGCAGCGGGCGAGCAGGAUGCGCAUGGAGCAGGAGGACGAGAUCAAGGAGUUCAGCGAGCUGAUCCUCGGGGCCAAGUGCCACAUGGUGCGCGACACGCAGAUCCUGGAGAAGCAGCUGGUGGCGAAGGAGCUGGAGGAGGAGGAGAGGCGGCUGGCCGAGAUGAUGGAGGUGGAGAGGCAGAAAGCCAACGAGAUGCAGGAGGAGCUGGAGCGCCGGAGGAAGCAGGAGCUGAUCAGAGGGAGGCAGGAGCUGGUGAAGCAGAUAGAGAAGAACGCGGAGGAGCGGGCACUGAGAGCUGAGCAGCGGGACCAGGAGACGCGGGAGAUGCUGCAGCACCUGGAGCAGCUGAAGCUGGAGGACCAGAAGGACUUGGAGCGGAGGCAGGAGCAACAGAAGAAAAUCCAGGCGGAGAUCAAACGCAUCAACGACGAGAACCAGAGGUACAAGGAGGAGCAGCUGCGGCAGGAGAGGCUGGCAGACGAGAAGAUACUCGAGUACCAGAAGCAGAAGAUGGAGCGGGAGGCCGAAGUUGAAGCUGAGCAGGAGAGGAUCCGUCAGGAGAAGGAGAAGGAGACGGCGCGCUUGAGGGCCAUGCAAGAAAGGGCCCAGGACCACCGGGCAGAGCAGGACGCGCUGCGGGCCAAGCGCAGCCAGGAGGCGGCCGAGCGGGAGUGGAGGCGCAAGGAGCAGGAGGCGGCGCGGCGGAAAGCCGAGCUGGAGGAGCAGCUGAAGCGGAGCCGCCUGGAUCAGAUCGCCGCGCGGGAGCACCGCAUGGGCGUGCAGGUGCAGCAGGACCGCGACGAGUUCGAGCGCAUCCUCAGGGCCCAGCAGGAGCAGAUGGAGAAGGAGAAGGCAGAGGCGGCGCGGAAGGCGGCCCUGCAGCGCGCCCACGCCGGCGACGUCCGGCGCCAGAUGCAGGAGUGGCGGCAGCGGCGGGCGCAGGAGCGGGCGGCCGCCUUCGAGGAGUUCCAGCGGCUGCAGGAGGAGGCCCGGCGGCGCAGCCAGCGCAUCACCGAGCUCAAGGAGAAGAAGAUGCAGGAGCUCAGAGCCGCCGGCAUCCCCGAGAAGUACUGCGCCCAGGUGGAGCGGAGGGCCUUGAAGCGGGCAGGCGCAGCCCCCGGGCAGGCUCAGCCCCACGGGGAGCAGAGCGAGGAGCAGAGCAAGGAGCAGAGCGCUGCCCCGCCGGCAGUGGGAGAGCUGGGGUCUGCUUAGGCAGAGUUUUUUACAAAAAGGUGUUUGUGGAGCAGCCA